AUGCAGCAAGACGAACUCGCCGCGCUCUUCCAGCAGAGCCUCAACUUCCAGACGCCUGCCGCCGCACAGGACCCAGCUCCUGAGCGGCAGCCCGAGCAGCAGCACGAGCAGGCACAGGACAUAGAAAUAGAAACCCCCCAGCAACAGCAACAACAGGAACACCGCCCCGCUCCAAUCGUCUACGCCAGCACGCACUACACGCCCAACAACCUCCUCAUCUCGCGCCCGGCCUCGGCACCGAACCUCAAUUCCAGCUCCACCACCUCGCCCACCUCCCCCUCGGUGCUCGUGCCCCUCCCUUCGUCCCGCACGAACCCCCAGCUCAUCGCCGUCUUCGCCCGCAACGACAUCGCCAUCUCCGACCUCUCCCCGGGCCAGCUCGAGCUCUUCACCGGCGCCGACCCCGACCAGCAGCUGCGCCUCCUCGAGCUCUGGCGCAUCACGCUGCGCUGCGCCGUCGAGGACGGCGUGUGGACGUCGGCCACGAGCCUGGAGAUGGAGGAACGGCUGGCGCGGGAGCGGUGGGAGAGGCUGCAGCACCAGCCCUCGUCUUCUUCUCCUUCUUCUUCUCCGUCUUCGUCAUCCGUCCAGCGCCCGAUCCGGCUGGACACGGGGGCCAUGGAGAUGGAGAUGAUGACGGAUGACGAAGGCAGCACGGCCACCAGCCCGACCAGCACCCUGGCUAGCCCGCGCAUGACGGGCAUCGGCCACCAGCUGGCCGGCGCCGAGCCGUAUAUGCUGUCUGGGUAUGAGCAGUUGGCUAAGCGCGACUAUGAGGCCGCUCAGCAGCAGCAACAGCAGCAGCAACAGCAACAGCAGCAGCAGAUGCAGCAGCAGAUGCAAGGGCAGGGCGGCCCGCGCAGGCAGGGUAUGGUGUACGGCUACAGCGGCGCGACGGACCCGGUGUACAAGGCUGCGGUCGAGAACCAGUACGGUGCGUUCCAGGCGAUGAGGGAGUAUGGGUAUGAGAGUGCCGGUAAUGGUGGGACGGGAGGCGCUGGUGGUUGGUAUGGAGAUGACGAGAUGGUCAUGUAG